AUGGAACUGACAGUUUUAGGUAAACCUCCUCGCUGGACACCACUCCAAGCUCCACAGCGUUUGAAAGAAGACGACGGACAGUACUUUCGCGACCCCAAUGCUGCAAAGUAUCCCGACUUCCCCAUGGCACCCGUCGUACAUGCUAUUACAGAGACCGACCCCGAAUUCGACGCUACGAACACCGAUGUCUUCGCAUGCGGAAGCACCCUUGGCAACCUCCUGCGCUUCGCUCGCGGUGUCGACAAAGCCUUUCGGUUUAAUAUCGAGGUCAUUGGCGAGACUGUCUUCUUUGUACGGAAAGAGAACGACCCCAAAGAAGUUAUCAAGGAUAUCAGAGGCUUUGGUCAUACGUUUCCAGAAGCAUACACCACAUGGGAGCAUAGUGUUAAGGGUUCUGAGACACACCAGCGCAUCACACGAUAUGAGUUUGGCGGCUUGGAGUGUCUUGUACGCUUCGAAAGCGACGGCUACAUUGAUGACUCCCUAGCAGUCCGUGAUGUCGCGCCCGCACAGACUGCUGGGGACCAAGAUGAGCUUCUGCAAGCAUUCCAGCAAGCAGCCAUCGGCCGUUCGCCCAGCAACGCGAUGGGUAAGCCGGAAAAGCUCAAGAUCGAACACCGCGGAUCUACAGUACCGCAUCACUCCAUCUUUGACCUGAAGACACGCUCAGGCAAAUACAAGAAACCCAUCGACAUGACCGACAUCUACCCGGCGCUCUGGAUGAAACAGAUAUCCAAAUUCAUCGUUGCCUACCACGACGGCCAUGGCCUUUUCGAAGACAUACAGGUACAAGAUGUCAAGAGCGAUGUGCGAGCCUGGGUCCGAGAGAAUAGAGACGGUAUCCGCCGCUUCGCAACACUGCUCAAUGAGAUUGUUGACAUCGCCAAGAACAGUACAAACAAGUUGCUCGAAGUGUAUUGCCCCGGAGCGGAUCGCUUAGAGGUCCGAAAACAGUACGGCGACGGCGUACACGCGUUGCCUACAGACUUGGUUGACAGGUGGGAGAAGGCAGAGUUCGGUGCCUCUGUUCCUCAGGAUGAUGCUUCUGAUGAGGACGAAUACAAUGAUGGCGGUGUCGAUAUUGAUGCAAGGUAUGGGUUUGGCAGUGGCUACGACGACGACUCGGGUUCUGAGCCAGACUACACUGCGUGUUCUGCUGAGGACUGUGGGUACUGCGGAAAGUGUACGUACUAA